CAGGCUCUAUUUGCAGCCCUCAACCCUAACGUUGGCUAACGCAGACUAGUCUCACACAUACACACACUCAGUUCACCCCCCUUGGGGCGAUUUGGGUUUGUUUUUCUCCUCUCGCUCUCUCCUGUUCGCUUAGUCCGUGGCCUGAAGUGGGUUGGUGAGCGCUGCUUCGUGCUAGGGUGGGGCAUUCGGGUGUACAAGACUGUGACUUUGUGCACGAGUCAAAUGCUAGCAGCACCAGCACCAUGGCCUCAUCCUCUCCGUCUCCCCAGCAGCAGUUCUGCCUGCGAUGGAAUAAUCACCAGUCUGCCCUCGUCUCUGUGUUUGACCACUUGCUCCAAAGUGAGGCCUUUGUCGAUGUUACUCUGGCCGUUGAGGGUCUUCUCCUCCGAGCCCACAAAUUAGUGCUCUCAGCCUGCAGCCCGUAUUUCCAGGCUAUGUUUGCAUCCCAUCCAGCCAAACACCCAAUCAUCAUUCUCAAGGAUGUCCGCUACAAUGACCUGCGAGCACUUUUGGAUUUCAUGUACAAAGGAGAGGUGGCUGUCGACCAGGAUCGUCUUCCCGCGUUCCUUCGACUUGCUGAAAGCCUUAAGAUUCGUGGCCUGGCCGAGUUUUGUGAGGAAAGUCUCUCGCAAGCCACGUCGCAGCCUCCCAUCUUCGAUUCACUGUUGGAUUCGCAAAAGAGGAGCCAUCCGUCAGGACCUCCCUCACUUUCGCACCAGCAGUCGCAACAGCAGUCCCUCAAUGCUGUUCCCGCGCCUCUGACGGCUGUAGAGCUUUUGCCUGUUUCCAAUCAAAGACCGCCAAUUGAUUUCAGCGUGCCGGCCAUGGCCAGUAUGUUUGGAUCGCCAAUUCCCUUAGCGUCUGUGCGUAGUAGUAGUAGCAUGAGCAGUUCAACCAAACGGCCUUCCAGCCCUCAAACUUAUGCUCAUCACAGGAGGAAGAGAGGCAGACCGCCUCGUCAAUCUUAUUCUGAAUCGGCUGGGAUAUUAAACAACGUUGUUGGACUGAAAUCAAACGCUAGCAAAGAUGCCCGUAGUUCGAGCCCCGAAGUAAUGGAGAUGAACGUCGAUCUUCUCUCCAUGGGUGUCUCGAACAACGGUCCCAACACUGCUCUCAACCCUCACGCACCGAUCAAUUCUAACGCUCACGCAGAUUCUUCCUGCACGGCUCAAGACGAUCACAUCAAAGGGGCGUCGUCGCGGAAUUCCAGCCCCGUCAACAACACCUCUAUUGCGAAACACGAAUCCUCACCUCUGCUGGAACCCGACACGCGACCAGACGGCUUAGAACCUCAAGCCGGACCGUCGCAAGAAAGUGAAUUUGACAGUAGCAGACGUGGUGGAAAAUCAGGGAAGGGCAACAGGAGAGCCCGUGGACGGCCGAGAGGUUACGGUCGCAACGCCAAUUCGCUUGACCGUUCACUUUUAUCUGCCGAUUCGUUGGAUGAUUUGGCUGGCCCGUCGCAAAGGGAAGGUUCAAGCACGCCGGAUCGGACUCUGCUCGGCGGCUCCAAUAACAGCAAUUCAAACAACACGGAGCAGCUGCAGGAGAUGUCGAUUCGCGGCUUGAACCUCUUCCGCUACGCUUCCGUUUCGGAGGAGGGCAUGUACCGUUGCAUCCCUUGCGAAAAGGAGCACGUGACGCGGACGUUCAAAAACAAGUACAGCUUCCAACGACACGCCUACCUCUACCACGAAGGCAACCAGCGCAAAGUGUUUCCAUGUCUGGUGUGCGGACGCGAGUUUUCACGGCCCGACAAACUCAAGCACCACCUCAAGACCGUUCACGACUACGCCGUGCCGCGCGAGUAUAGCAAUGCCUACUACUCUCUGCCCUAGUAUUCGUCACGGCUUCCACUUCUCGUCACACUCUCGCCUACCUGCCCCAGCUUUUGUUAGGUAAAGCAGGAAAAACAAUUCCUCUUCCUUCUCUUUGCCUCCGUCAGUUCCAAAAAAACAGAAAAACAAAACAAAAUCCAAAGUGCUUCGUUCAUUCAUCAUAAUGUCGCGCUCGCACUAUUGUUAUUAUCGUUAUUAUUAUCGUAGUUUAAGUCAUCAGUAAUACUUUCACCCACUCUAUUCUUUUUUUUUUUUUUUUCAAUCACCUGUUUUCUCAUCCAUUUUUAUAACCCCCGGUGCCAAUAGCUCAUCAAAAAAAAAAAAGCAAAAAUCCAUAUCCGCUCAGCUCCUCCUGCUCCUCUUCCUCCGCCUAGGAAGAGGGGGACAAAUAAUUGAAACACAACUACCUUUUUUUCGCACGGCCACUGCCUGAAGAAGUGGAAGCAAUGUUGAGAGAAUCUUAUUGAUUAUUUUUUAAGUUGUUUUGAGUUUGAAAGAGAGAAGAAACAAACUUUUUCUCUCCCCCCCUCCUCCCUCUUUUUUUUCUCUUGUCUUUUUAACGACACGAAAAAUAAGGGGGGAAAAAAAAGUAUCGGGUCUCGGGAAUGAAACGCGGGAUAUCCAACGCCAAAAGCCAACAAUAUCGGAGUAAACAACCCGAUCGAGAUCGAUCAGGUUGCGUUUUUAUUUUUAUUUUUUAUGUUACAGAAAAAGACAAAAACAAAACAAAACCCUUAUUAUUCUUUAAGUAUAUAUAUUAAAUAUUAUACGAAAUAAUUCGUGUGUUUUUUCGUUUUUUUUUUUUAGGUUUAUUGUGGGAUCCCUGGUCUCUUUGAUUUUUGUUUUAAAAUUUUGUUUCGCGUUCGCAGGCAGACACUAACUUUUUUGUACCACCACUACACGCUUUAAGAGAAAAGAUGCAGUUCUUUUCGCGACAGUGCGCCUCUCUCUCCCCCCCAUCCCCAUAUAGUUCAAUUGUUACAAGCGGUGAAGAUUUCCGGUGAUGGAUCGAUUCGAAAUUCGUUUUUAAAAAUCUCUGGGAUUUCAUUUUGUUUAGUUCGUUUUUACAUGACAAUCCCAGGGCGGGUUUCGAACAUCCGAUGGCAUUUCAUUGUUGUUGAUGUUUGUUUUGAUUUUUUAUUUUAUUUUUAAAAUAAUCUCUUUUACUAUAACUACCAUUAGUACCAUAACUUUGAUUUUUGCAUAGGCCUUUAUUGCGCACGAGUAAAGAGAGGAGAAAAAAAAACAGGAAUUCGGUAGAGCGCGCGCGAAAAGAAGUGAAUUUCAAAAACAAAAAAAUGCAUUUUUCGCGCUCUGCCUUUCCCCCUCCCCCCAAUUUUCCCUGUGUACGUAUUUUUUUUUGCGUGUGAACGUGAGCGUGAAAGUCUUUGACACGUUUAAGGUUGUGCUCUCCAGACAAAGAAAAAAGAAGAAGAAGAAGAAGAAAAAAACACAAAAACAAACAAAAAGAGGGGAAAAGAAUUAGAAAAAAUUAAUUGUUGGGUUUUGUUGUUGUAUGCUGUUACAUUGUUGUCGCAAUCUAGUAAAAAAAAAGGAAAAAGAAAAAAAUUUUUAAGAGGGAAAAAUUCCCCCCCAUCUAAUCCCCCCCUUUUUAAAAAAAAACCUUUUAAGGUUUACAAAAAAAAAAUUAAGAAAAGAAUUAAUAAUAAUAAUAAAAUAAUAAUAGAGUAUGGUGAAUUUUUGUUUUAGUAGCAUGUGCGUGAGUUGUUGAUAUACACCUCCUCCCCUCCCCCCUCCCACGGCGAUUCGGAAACCCAGUGAAGCCAAUCCAUUUAAUGGAUUUCCAAAAUACAGUACACAACAACACAAUGUAGUUGUAGCUAACAAAACGAAAAUUUAAAGAUAAUUUUUUUUUCGCAGGUCUGAAAAACAAAAACCAAAAAUUUGUUUAUUCUUGAAUAUGUAAACAUACAGUACAUUUUCUAUUCAGUGUUUUUUUGUUUUUUUUUAAGCUCCUGUAAUCUCCGUAAAAAAAAAAGAGAAACCCAA